ACUAUUUUCAAUAAAAUAAAACUACUAAUUGGUAAAUAGUUAUCAUCAAGGCUAAUUAAAAAAAAGAAGAUUAAGUGUCAUUUGAUUAAUUUAUAUUGAGGAUUUGUUAUCGUAUGUAUAUUUUUAAAAUUUAAAAGGAAAGUAAUGCUUAUCUGUCAAAAUGGCAGCAGCAGCACCACCGCAGGCAUUAGUAAACCGCAAUAAAAAACAUUUCUUAGGUGUACCAGCUCCUCUCGGGUAUGUAGCGGGUGUCGGUAGAGGUGCCACAGGUUUCACCACUCGUUCUGAUAUUGGUCCAGCUCGAGACGCAAACGAUGUUUCGGACGAUAGACAUGCUCCACCAGCUGCGAAAAGAACCAAAAAGAAAGACGAGGAGGAAGAAAAAGAAGAGGAGGAGGAUUUAAAUGAUUCAAAUUAUGACGAGUUCAGUGGAUAUGGAGGAUCUCUAUUUUCCAAAGAUCCUUAUGACAAGGAUGAUGCGGAGGCGGAUGCUAUUUAUGAAGCUAUCGAUAAAAGAAUGGAUGAAAAAAGGAAAGAAUAUAGAGAGAAACGACUCAGGGAGGAAUUAGAAAAAUAUCGACAAGAAAGACCUAAAAUUCAACAACAAUUUUCAGAUUUAAAGAGAGAUUUAGCACAGGUAAGCGAGGAAGAAUGGAAAUCAGUACCAGAAGUUGGUGAUGCUAGGAAUAAGAAACAACGUAACCCUAGAGCAGAGAAGUUUACCCCGUUACCAGAUAGCGUUUUAGCGAGAAAUUUGGGUGGAGAAUCAACGACGUCUCUAGAUCCCAAUUCAGGUUUAUCAAGUAUGGUACCUGGAGUAGCGACGCCUGGUAUGUUGACACCGACUGGAGAUAUGGAUUUACGUAAAAUAGGACAAGCCCGUAACACUUUGAUGAACGUCAAAUUAUCGCAAGUGUCUGAUUCGGUAACUGGUCAAACGGUUGUCGAUCCAAAAGGUUAUUUGACUGAUUUGCAAUCUAUGAUACCUACAUACGGCGGCGAUAUUAAUGACAUCAAAAAAGCUCGUCUACUUUUGAAAUCUGUUAGGGAAACUAAUCCGAAUCAUCCACCGGCUUGGAUUGCAAGUGCUCGACUAGAAGAAGUUACAGGUAAAGUCCAAGCGGCGAGAAAUUUGAUAAUGAAAGGUUGCGAAGUAAAUCCUCAAAGUGAAGAUUUAUGGUUGGAAGCAGCUAGACUAAAUCCCGCCGAUACAGCUAAAGCGAUUAUAGCUCAAGCGGCUAGACACAUUCCGACGUCCGUUAGAAUAUGGAUAAAAGCAGCGGAUCUGGAAACUGAAACGAAAGCUAAACGUAGAGUAUUCAGAAAAGCCUUAGAACACAUACCGAAUUCGGUGCGUCUUUGGAAAGCGGCGGUCGAACUAGAGAACCCAGAAGAUGCUCGGAUUUUAUUAUCCAGAGCUGUGGAAUGUUGUCCGACCGCCGUCGAACUUUGGUUAGCUUUGGCGAGAUUGGAAAGUUACGAAAACGCUAGGAAAGUAUUGAACAAAGCUAGAGAAAAUAUUCCAACGGAUAAACAGAUUUGGACAACGGCGGCUAAAUUGGAAGAAGCGAACGGCAAUCAUCACAUGGUAGAAAAGAUCAUAGAGAGAGCCAUAACUUCACUAAGCUCGAACGGCGUUGAAAUUAAUAGAGAACAAUGGUUUAAAGAAGCUGUUGAGAGCGAAAAGGGCGGACACAUCCAUUGUUGUCGCGCUAUCGUUAAAGCUAUAAUUAGUUACGGUGUUGAACCUGAAGAUCAGAAACAUACUUGGAUGGAAGAUGCUGAGAAUUGUAUAAGUCAAAACGCUUUCGAAUGCGCCAGGACUGUAUAUAACAUAGCGCUAGCUACGUUCCCAGGAAAGAAAUCCAUAUGGUUGCGAGCCGCUUAUUUGGAGAAGAGUCACGGUAGCAGAGAAAGUUUGGAAAGUUUAUUACAAAGAGCCGUGGCGCAUUGUCCGAAGAGCGAGGUGUUAUGGUUGAUGGGAGCCAAAAGCAAAUGGUUGGCCGGUGACGUUCCCGCCGCUAGGGGUAUACUGUCUUUAGCUUUCCAAGCAAAUCCGAAUAGCGAAGAAAUUUGGUUGGCAGCCGUUAAAUUGGAAUCUGAAAAUAAAGAAUAUGAAAGAGCGCGAAGACUUUUAGCUAAAGCGAGAGGUUCCGCCCCAACUCCUCGUGUUAUGAUGAAAAGCGCUAAAUUGGAAUGGUCCCUUAAUGAUUUAAAGGGCGCCCUCCAAUUAUUGGAUGAAGCCUUAAAAGCGUUUCCUAAUUAUCCAAAAUUGUGGAUGAUGGUUGGUCAAAUACACGAACAGAAAAAGGAUCUUUCAAAAGCUUUCGACGCUUACAAUGCGGGUAUAAAGAAAUGCCCGGAUUCGAUAUCGCUGUGGCUGUUGCUUUCCAGAUUGGAAGAGAAACGAGGACUUUUGAUAAAAGCUAGAUCCGUUUUGGAAAAAGCUCGAUUGAGGAAUCCCAAAGUGGAUGAAUUAUGGUUGGAAGCGGUGAGAGUUGAAAUGAGAGCCGGUAUGAAAGACAUAGCGAAUGCAAUGAUGGCCAAAGCGAUACAGGAAUGUCCUACUUCCGGUAUACUAUGGGCGGAAAGUAUAUUUUUGGAACCAAGACCGCAAAGGAAAACGAAAUCGGUGGAUGCUCUGAAAAAAUGCGAACACGAUCCUCAUGUACUUUUAGCUGUUAGUAAACUAUUUUGGUCGGAAAGGAAAAUAGGUAAAUGCAGGGAAUGGUUCCAGAGGACGUUGAAAAUCGAACCGGAUUUAGGAGAUGCUUGGGCAUAUUGGUAUAGAUUCGAACAACUUCACGGAACCAAGGAACAACAAGAAGAAGUUAAACAGAGGUGCAUAGUAGCCGAACCUCAUCACGGUGAAUUGUGGUGUUUGGUAUCGAAAAAUAUCAAAAAUGUCGGUCUGAAUACAGAGCAAGUUCUGAAACUCGUCGCCAAAGAACUACCCAUUCCAGUGUAGAUUGUGUAACGUUUAUUUAAGAAAUUGUAAUUGAAAUAAUAAUGUUGAUAAUUUGAUGCAAAAGCACUUAGAAAUAAGCGAAAUGAAUUUAUUUGAUUUUUCUUGUAUUUGUAACAAAUGUAUAACCAUAGAGUAUGUUGUUCAAUUGAAAUUUGUAAUUUUUUUUUAAAAUAUUUCAAUUUUUUGUUGAAAGUAUUUUGCAUAUCAAAUACAACGUAUUAUAUUUUG